AUGACUACUGACACAUUUAAAGGUAUUGCCGUUGUAGACCACAAGGACUGGAAAAACCCAAAGAAGGUUGAAUUUCCAGCCAAACCAUUCUACGACAAUGAUGUUGACAUUAAGAUUGAAGCGUGUGGUGUGUGUGGUAGUGAUAUCCACUGUGCUGCCGGUAACUGGGGUCAAAAACAAACGCCACUAGUUGUUGGUCAUGAAAUCAUCGGUAAAGUCGUUAAAGUUGGUCCAAAAUGUAAAACUGGUUUGAAGAUCGGUGACCGUGUUGGUGUCGGUGCCCAAGUGUUUUCAUGUUUAGAAUGUGAGCGUUGUAAGAAUGAUAAUGAGCCAUACUGUGCUAGGUUUGUUACCACAUACUCUCAGCCAUACGAAGACGGCUAUGUCUCUCAGGGUGGUUACGCUAACUAUGUUAGGGUGCAUGAGCAUUUUGCGGUUCCAAUUCCAGAAAAUAUUCCUUCAGAAUAUGCUGCUCCACUUCUAUGUGGUGGUUUGACUGUAUACUCUCCACUAUUAAGAAACGGUUGCGGUCCAGGUAAGAAAGUCGGUAUUCUUGGUAUUGGUGGUAUUGGUCACAUGGGUAUUCUAUUUGCUAAGGCAAUGGGUGCCGAAGUAUACGCUAUUUCUCGUUCUAAUGCUAAGAAAGAAGACUCUCUAAAAUUGGGUGCUGAUCAUUACAUUGCCACUAAAGAGGAACCAGAUUGGGGUACAAAGUACUUUGACACUUUCGAUUUGAUUGUUGUCUGUGCCUCUUCAUUGACUGAUGUUGAUUUUGAUGUCAUGCCAAAGGCAAUGAAAGUUGGUGGUAGAAUUGUUUCUAUUUCUGUGCCAGAACAAGACGAAGUCCUAACGAUGAAGCCAUUUGGUUUGAUUGGUGUCUCCAUCGCCAAUUCUAUUUUAGGCUCCAUUGCUGAGAUGAAACAAUUACUAAAGUUAGUCUCAGAAAACAAUAUCAAAAUUUGGGUUGAAACACUACCUGUUGGUGAAGCCGGUGUUAAGGAAGCUUUCGAAAGAAUGGAUAAAGGUGAUGUUAGAUACAGAUUCACUUUGGUUGAUUACGAAAAGGAAUUUGGUAACUAA